ACGUCGUGUGUGUGCAUUUCCGCCGUUGGAGCCACACAUACUUCCCCGCACAGGGAGGAAGGUGUGUUAUCACGUCACAUCGCCCGGCCCCGUCCCGACGAUACACUCUAUCUUAUGGAGAAUGCAACGACGAAGAACUAUAUCCCAUUCCCUGAGUUAGAGUUUGCAGAGAGUGAGAAGAGCAGCAACAGCAAGACUGCAAGAGGGCGGCCGGGGAUGGCGAGCGAGGCGGCCGCGCGGCUUCUCUUGCUCCUGUCUGCGCACCAGCUCUUCUUCUCCUGUGCUUCGGCCGUCGACCGCAGCCAGUUCCCUUCUUCAAACUUCCUGUUCGGGACCUCCACUUCUGCUUACCAGAUUGAAGGUGGAUAUUUGGAGGGUAACAAAGGCACAAGUAACUGGGAUGUCUACACUCAUAAGCAAGGUACAAUUCGUGGUGGAAGCAAUGGCGAUACUGCUGCUGAUCACUAUCAUCGUUAUAUGGAAGACAUCGAGUUGAUGCAUUCCUUGGGUGUCAACUCAUACAGAUUUUCCAUAGCGUGGACAAGAAUUCUACCACGAGGCCGAUUUGGGGAUGUUAAUCCGGAUGGUGUAGCUUUCUACAAUGCCAUUAUCGAUGCUCUUUGGCAGAAAGGCAUACAACCAUUUGUUACAAUAUUUCAUUAUGACAUUCCACAUGAACUGGAUGAACGAUAUGGUGGGUGGCUGAGUCCUGAAAUCCAGAAGGACUUUGGUUACUUUGCAGAAGUAUGCUUCAAGAUGUUUGGUGACCGAGUAAAAUUCUGGACUACUAUUAAUGAACCAAAUUUGUUGACAAAAUUUAGUUAUAUGGAUGGAUGGUAUCCUCCUUGCCGUUGUUCCAAACCAUUUGGGAACUGUGCCUUUGGAAAUUCUUCAAUAGAACCAUACAUAGUAGCUCACAAUAUGAUAUUGUCCCAUGCAAACGCUGUCAGCAUUUAUAGAAAUAACUACCAGGGAAAACAAGGUGGACAAAUUGGAAUUACUGUGAGCGCAAGAUGGUAUGAACCAUUCCGAAAUACCACAGUUGACCUUCUAGCAGUUCAACGGGCUAUAUCUUUCAAUGCUCCAUGGUUUCUGGACCCUAUAAUUCUUGGAGAUUAUCCUCCAGAGAUGCGCCAGAUGUUGGGUGCAAACCUACCCAACUUCACAUCAAAAGAGAAGAGGAAACUACAAGCCACAAAAUUGGAUUUCAUCGGACUAAAUCAUUAUACUACAGUAUAUUUGAAGGACUGCAUUUUUUCGCCGUGUGCUGUGGAUCCUAUUGAUGGCGAUGCACGAGUGGUUAGUUUAGCAGAAAGAGAUGGAGUGCUUAUUGGUGAACCGACAGGAACUCCGUACUUUUACGACGUUCCACAUGGGAUGGAAAAGGUGGUCAUGCAUUACAAACAAAGAUACAACAAUACACCAACAUAUAUCACAGAAAAUGGUUAUGCUCAAGCAAGCAAUCACAGCAUGGCCGCCAAUGACUUCAUUAACGAUGCAGGAAGAAUUCAUUAUAUCCGUGGCUACCUCACUUUUCUGGCCUCGGCAAUAAGGAAAGGAGCUGAUAUACGUGGCUACUUUGUGUGGUCUCUCCUGGAUGACUUCGAGUGGACCUCUGGAUACACUCAGAGAUACGGGCUCUACCAUGUUGACUUCAAGACACAGAAGAGGACCCCAAAACUAUCAGCUGGAUGGUACAGGAAGUUCCUCAAGGGUUCACUUCUGACAAGAAAAUCCCGAAAUGGAUCCCAGCCGCAGCAUUAUACAGCUUAAGACAGUACUAAUCGUUUCCCUCGUACGAGAAUAAUAUGUAGACUGUAAAUUGGCUUCACAUACUUAGCUCCUGAUUUUUUCUUGUGCACGCUGGAAUUGGAAUUGGUUAUCACGGGGAGUACCACUGUGAAAAAUGUGUUUUGGUACUUCGUCUUGCAGAAACACAAUCCCCAUGCAGAAAAACAUCACAUCUGA